AUGGCUCAGUGGUUAGAGCUCGAAUUUACUGACCGGAAGGUCCGUGGUUCGAACUCGGCCUCUGCCUCUCGACUUACCCUGUCUAGUAAAAAUCAUCCAGUUGUAACACCCUUUCGGUGCCUAGCUGCUAUACCACUCGAAGGAGGCAUGAAGGCUGGGAUACUGCCAGGUUGCCCAAGCCUAGAUAGAGGAAGUCGAGUUCGAACCACGGACCUUUGGGUCAGUGAAUUCUCGCUCCAACCAUUGAGCCAUUUCGCUAGUCCUAGAGACAGCUGGCGGAUGCAGCAAGUAACAGCUUUAAGUGAACUCAUCACACACUGCGUGGUCAAGCAAUGGCAUGUGCGUGUGGAGUUGAAACCACUUUUCUCCAAGCCAUCUGGUGGUACACGAGAUUUUGAACGUUUGAGCAUUGGUCUCGGAGGACGACUGCCAUCGACGACUAGAAAUAAUUAA